AGUCCGUCGUCAGCUGCACCUGAGCUUGCGUUCCACCUUGUCCGCCCCAAAUAGAAACCCCCAUGACGUCACACCAGAUAAUCACGGAAGUAAACUAGGCGACGAAGCACAGACACAAACAGCGUCUAGUUUCGUAUUCGAGUGCUACAAAAAGGGAAGAUAACUCAGACAUGAUGCCGGGAGGUUUCAAAUCUGAGAGGUUAAGAGUCAACCUGCGGCUCGUCAUCAAUCGACUAAAGCUCCUCGAGAAAAAGAAAACCGAGCUCGCUCAAAAGGCUCGGAAGGAGAUAUCGGAAUACCUGUCAGCAGGAAAAGAUGAGCGGGCGCGCAUCCGUGUGGAGCACAUCAUCAGAGAGGACUAUAUGGUUGAAGGCAUGGAGAUCCUGGAGCUUUACUGUGACUUGCUCCUCACACGUUUUGGCCUCAUUCAAUCAAUGAAGGAGUUGGAUCCAGGUUUACAAGAAGCAGUGUCCACUCUUAUCUGGGCUGCUCCUCGACUUCAGUCAGAGGUGAAUGAAUUAAAAUUGGUGUCAGAACAGCUCUGUGUGAAAUACAGCAAGGAGUAUGGCAAGCUGUGCAGGACAAAUCAGAUUGGAACGGUCAAUGAAAGGCUGAUGCACAAACUGAGCGUGGAGUCUCCCCCUAAGAUUUUGGUGGAGCGCUACUUGAUUGAGAUAGCCAAAAAUUACAAUGUGCCGUAUGAACCUGAUGCCAUGGUCCGGCCUGAGGUGAGUUGUGAUGAAGCAGACCUGAUUGACAUGAACAAUGACAAGAAGUCCGGAGGGGGAGGAGGAGGAAGAGGCGGAGGUGGUGGUGGUGGUGGUGGUUUCAUGGCUCCUGUCAUGCCCAUGCCGAUGCCCAUGCCGAUGCCCAUGCCUACGCCUUACAACUAUCCAACUCCCAAAGGAGAACCGUUCGCUCCAGCCAUUGGAUCGUACAACAGCUUCCCGCACCCUGUGGGAGGAGGGCAGCCCCCUCAGCUGCCCACUUCUCCCCCCACAUACGAGUCUAUUGAUGACAUAAAAAACUCUCUUCCAUCCCAGACCAUAGGUCAGUCGUCACAGAUAUACGACAACAACGCUCUCCCAGAACUUCCUUCGGUCCCAGACACACUCCCAGCAGGCUCCUUCGGUGGGAAGACCACCACCAGCACUUCGGAUGACAUCGACUUUGAUGACCUAACGCGACGCUUUGAGGAGCUGAAGAAGAAGACUUAAGUAUCUUAACAAAUACAGGCUGACAUUACACAUGAGAACAGAAAGUAAAACAUGCUCAAGGCUCUGACUUUAUAGAAACAUCUGAAACAAAACAUUUACUCUUACCUCGUAUCAAUUUAAUUUGGACAUGUUCUGAAGCUAACAACAUAUAUAGUCAUUCUCCUUUCUUGCUUGGCCUGUAAUCUUUUAUUGGUGUGAUAUACUUUAUAAUUUAAUGUUUUUCUGGAGCUCACUGCCUGUCUAAUGUGAUGCUGUAGCCUUUCCCACCGACUCGUUCCAGUCUCAUCUUACACCAGUUAAACAAGUCUAGCUGGCCUGUUUACAUGUUGGUUGGAUGACUGGGUUUCAGUUCCUGAGGACACACAUAAUCUUUGUUCUGUCAGCCACUUUGAGAGCGUUGUCCAUAUCGUGUAUAUAUAUAUAUAUAUAUAUAUAUAUAUACACACACACACACACGUCAGUUGAGGGCAUGUUUUAUAUAUAGUAACUGGGUGAGGUAGUUGGGAGUGCUCUGAUUAUUGACAAGGUUGUUUCCAAAUGAAAUACCUUUCAGAUUAACCAAAUAUAUCUAAUGUAUAAAAGAUGAGCCCACACAACUUGAUUUUACAUAUCCAUUUUAACCCCACAGAGGUGUCAAUUUAGAUUAUUCCUUUAUGUGUCAUGUGUCCUACACUGUUUUCUGCUGCAUUUGCCUUAUUGUCAAUUGCUCACCAGAGGCCUUGGCCAAUCUGUACAAAGAUUGCUCAUCUUGCACUUGCUAUCAAGACUGGAAACAUUUCCCUGCGUUUUGUUUUGUUGAGGUGUCACAUUACCCACAAACUAUUCGGUUAAAGGUGAUGUUCUGAUAGCAUUGGAACUUGAGUCAUACACGUGUCCACCGACCCAACCACACCUGUUACGGCCAAAGAACGGCUGCCUUUAAUGAAUGAUUUAGCAGUUUCUGGAAAGUUGAGCAUCAUGGUGUUGUUGAGCAAAUGACACUGCAGAACUCCACUCUUGUGUUUUCCAUGUUGAACAAUUGGGUGUUUUCCCAUCAAUUUAAUAAAACAAGUAAAAAUCAU